AUGUCUCAGUCAGAAAUUCAAAUUGUCGGCUACAUUGGUCUCGGCCUCGCCGGUGGCCCAUUGGCACAGAAUGUGGCCCAGAAGGGUUACAAGACUAUCGUUCGUGACGCCAACAAAGAGCGCCAGGAGCAAUUUGUCAAGGAUAACGCUAGUCUUCCUGUAGUAUCUGCCGGUGAUGGGCCAGACGCAUUCAAGGACGCAGAUAUCAUCAUCACGAUGGUGCCAAACGGCCAUAUCGUCCGCGAUAUCUUGCUGGGUGAUAAGGGCAUCGCUCCCCACCUGAAGCCAGGUGCUAUUGUUGUCGACACUUCGUCGUCAGAUCCGUUUGGCACGAAGCAGUUGGGCAAAGAUCUUGAGCAGUACAAAGUCCGACUGAUCGACUCCCCAGUGACACAAGUGCGCAUGCACGGAAUCAACGAUGGUGAAGCCACUUUCAUGAUUGGUGGUGCUCAAGAGGAUAUCGACCGCGUGCUACCUGUCUUGAAGACCAUGUCUCGUUGGCGCUUCGUCAUGGGACCUCUGGGAAGUGGCCAUGUCAUGAAGACGUUCAAUAACUAUAUCACCGCUGCUGGCAUUGCCGCGUUGAACGAUGCCUUCAUUGUGGGACGGAAGAUGGGACUUGACCCCGUUCAAAUCACUGACGUCCUUAACGUGGGAACUGGGCGUAACUAUGGUACCGCCCACUCUAUUCGAGCAGAAGGUCUCACUAGAACCUACGCGAGUGGUUACGGCCUUGGCCUGCUCGUCAAAGAUCUGGGCAUCAAUCUGGAUCUCUGUACUUCUAUGGGCAUCGACACUACUCUGGCCAAGCAUAUGCAUGGUCUGUUUAAGGAGGCCUGGGAUGAACCCAACGUUGAAAAGAGUGCCGACUACACCGAGUGUCUCAAGCUUUGGGAGCGCAAGGCUGGCUUGGAGCUUCCCACAGCCCCGACGAGUGUGAAGGAGGAAGAAGAGCCCAGAACGUUCCAGUCUCCUAUUUAA